UUAACAGUCUCUCACUUCCCAGAUUCGAUGUUUCAUUUUAUUUCUGUGAUAGGCGCAACUGUAGGCCCUUAGACCCUGUAAUAGAUAACACGGAAUUUUAGCACAAACUGAACUGAUUCAUUCGGGUGCAUGGCGUCGUUUACAUUGGAAGGCUUAUUUGCCUACUUGACUGAAACCUUCACUGCCGGUGUGAUUCAGUCGUAUCAGGGACAAGGAUUUCUCGAAGACGCUCCGCUGAUACAAGGAAUAGAUCCUUUGGAGGAUUUCAAAAAUUUUGAUAAUGCUGAUAAUGAUACAAUUUUUCAGGAGUACGCUUCACCGCCAGGAGACGACAGCAAGAUGGGUUGGAAGAGAUCUCGGCCGCGAAGAUGGUGGAUGUCGCUUUGGAAGGCCGUGAAGUGUGUGUUCUUUAUUCAAAUUGUCGGAGGUUUAGCUCUCGGUUUGCUGGCUCUAUUGAUUUUAGUUUUGGAUUUUAAUUCCGUUGAUCUUUGCUACGAUAGACAGUUACAUGGUCACUGGAACUCGCUACCUAAUAAGAUUCAAGCCAUUAUCGUGUCAGCUGAGACAGUGGAAGCAUAUGCAAGCCAGAUGUCGCCAUUUCUUCUGAUAAUCACAAUGUUUGGCUGGCCAUUGGUGAAGAGACUUAAUCUAUUAAUUCUUAAUCUACUGGGAGCAUUCUUCGACACCUGUUACAGGGUGUGCCUCGCAGUUUUUGGAAUCUACAGGAAGUCUUGGAUGUCUUUUCCUUUAAAUGCUUUAUUUUUUAUCAUGGUUCUGAUGAACUCUGUCCUAGUGGGAAGAGAAAUUGCUAAAAACACGGUCGGGGAACGAAGUAGAAAAGUAAGAAAAGUGCUCAGGGUUUCCUCUAUACUCUCAGCGCAGUUAGCUUUUGGGAUUCCUAUCGCUUUCGUUCUUGUUGACGUGUUGAUUCCGUUAUACGGUCGGCAGGAUGAGACGUACAGAGCAGUCAUAGCCGGCGCACUUCCUUUGUUUACCGCUGUACCGAAGGUCAUCUUGCGAUUGGCGGCGCAAAGGAUUGAUUUUCUCCAUCCGGGUGACUCUCAUGUCCUACUGGGUGUUCUGUACAUGACAUUUGCGAUCGUUUUCCGAGUCAUACAAGCAGAACUGACGAGUCUUCGACUGUUCAUUGCCCUGAGCUUUGUUCACGGUGCAGUGGACUUAUUGGAAAGAUUAACCAUUGUUGUCCGGGAUUAUCUGUGGUAUUUUAUAUACAAAAAGUGUAAAGGUGACGCGAAUGCUGAAGAAGCGUUAGGAGCUGACAACUUUCGCACGCCCAGAGGCAUGCGCUUUAUUGCAGACAUGAGCAUUCAGAUGAUCCUCGGAGAAUCGACUGCGUUGAUAACAGCGGUCGGCUUCAUCCAGCUUUAUAGCUUUAUGUACAGCAACAAUAGUCUGGCCUUCUCUGACAUGGGUUUGGUUGAGGAUUUCUUCAUCCGCGUGUCCAUUGCGCUCACAAUAGAUUUCUUUUUCAAUUCGUUUUCGUUUUGGUUACAAAUGUCAUAUUUAAAUGUUGCUGUAGCGCGAGUGUGGAAGAAGAAAUGGCGCAAGCAUAUGCUCGUGGGUUUGAUUUUGACUUCCGUGACACUCUGUUACUUCACAAGUCAUUUGUUCUCUGUUGUGAGGGACAAGCAUUCUUCUGCUGCCAAAAUGCGUCAUUUUAAUUGCACUGGGCCAUUUUCAAAAUUUUAGCUCGAGAAAAACUUGGCCAGAAUCAUAAGGAUACUUACGAGGGGUGUUGAGUAAAACUGGUGUUUUCACUUCCAAUCGCUGAGAAAAUUCACUUCCUAUCAACUGAGAAAAUAUUUCGGUUUAAUAUAUAUGCGUUAUUUACCAAGCGUGAGGUCAAGAUGGCUGGAUA